ACACCGGCAGUACUGAAUCAGACAUCAGACCGCUGAUGUCGUACGAUUUUAUGUAGUGGGAAAAGGGAGUUUUAUUGUACAUACAAAAUGGGAGGACACGUUUCAAGAACUGAUUAUGAAUGGGUUUAUACAGAGGAGCCGCAUGCAACAAGGAGGAAAGAAAUUCUUGCAAAGUAUCCAGAAAUCAAGCAGCUGAUGGGAUGUGACCACAACUUGAAAUACAUUGUUGUUGCCAUGGUGCUUGCCCAGAUCAUCCUGGCUAUUAUGGUAUCUGAUGCUUCUUGGCCUGUCAUCCUUGUUCUGGCAUAUGUCCUUGGAGGCACAAUCAACCAUUCAAUGACUCUAGCCAUUCAUGAAAUAGCUCACAAUUUAGCAUUUGGCCACUCCAGACCAUUAGCCAACAGAAUACUUGGUAUGAUCGCAAAUCUACCACUGGGAGUUCCAAUGUCAGUGUCAUUCAAGAAAUAUCAUCUCCAGCAUCAUCGUUACCAAGGUGAUGAGCGAAGAGAUGUUGACAUACCAACAGAAUUUGAAGGUCAAUUUUUCUGCAACACAUUCUGUAAAUUGAUAUGGAUGAUACUUCAGCCAUUCUUCUAUUCUAUUCGACCUCUCGUGGUGCUCCCCCAACCUGUGUUGACCCUGGAGGUCAUGAACUUUAUAUGCCAGGUGACCUUUGAUUGUUGCAUAUAUUACUUUCUUGGAGGCAAAGCUUUAACAUACCUGAUUGCUGGUACAUUCCUUGCUACAGGACUUCAUCCGCUGUCAGGACAUUUUAUAUCCGAGCACUACAUGUUCAUUAAAGGGCAGGAAACUUAUUCGUACUAUGGGCCAUUAAAUUAUUUAGUCUUCAACGUGGGCUACCAUAAUGAACAUCAUGACUUCCCUAGUAUCCCAGGCUCUAGACUACCAAUGGUCAAAAAGAUAGCCCCAGAAUAUUAUGACAACCUUCCAUGCCAUCAAUCGUGGGUGAAGGUCAUCUAUGACUUCAUCACUGACCCCGAGAUUGGACCAUAUUCACGAAUCCGCAGGAAGAUCAAGGAUGAAGACACAGAUGAAAAGAAUGAAUGAAUCGAACCCAACAAAAAAUAUUGUGAAAAACAUUAACUGUUCUUUUAUUAUAACUGAAAAGCAGGAAGAUUGGCUGAAUAUUUUAACAAAGUUAUAUCAAGUACUUACUUUAAAAGAGACAAGUGAUAACUCUAUACAGUGCAUCACUGUCUAAUUAGUAUCAGUUGUUCUGCUGUUGUUUUGCUGAAGAGGGCCCUUAAACAUACAUGCUGGUUCUACCAGGAAGGUGACCUCUAUAUGCUGGUUCUACCAGGGAGGUGACCUAAGCAUGCUGGUUCUACCAGGGAGGUGACCUCUACAUGCUGGUUCUACCAGGGAGGUGACCUCUACAUGCUGGUUCUACCAGGGAGGUGACCUCUACAUGCUGGUUCUACCAGGGAGGUGACCUCUAUAUGCUGGUUCUACCAGGGAGGUGACCUAAGCAUGCUGGUUCUACCAGGGAGGUGACCUCUACAUGCUGGUUCUACCAGGGAGGUGACCUAAGCAUGCUGGUUCUACAAGGGAGUAGACUUCUACAUGCUGGUUCUACCAGGGAGGUGACCUCUACAUGCUGGUUCUACCAGGGAGGUGACCUCUACAUGCUGGUUCUACCAAGGAGGUGACCUCUACAUGCUGGUUCUACCAGGGAGGUGACCUAAGCAUGCUGGUUCUACCAGGGAGGUGACUUCUACAUGCUGGUUCUACCAGGGAGGUGACCUCUACAUGCUGGUUCUACCAGGGAGGUGACCUCUACAUGCUGGUUCUACCAGGGAGGUGACCCUCUACAUGCUGGUUCUACCAGGGAGGUGACCUCUACAUGCUGGUUCUACCAGGGAGGUGACUUCUACAUGCUGGUUCUACCAGGGAGGUGACCUCUACAUGCUGGUUCUACCAGGGAGGUGACCUCUACAUGCUGGUUCUACCAGGGAGGUGACCCUCUACAUGCUGGUUCUACCAGGGAGGUGACCUCUAUAUGCUGGUUCUACCAGGGAGGUGACCUAAGCAUGCUGGUUCUACCAGGGAGGUGACCUCUACAUGCUGGUUCUACCAGGGAGGUGACCUAAGCAUGCUGGUUCUACAAGGGAGGUGACUUCUACAUGCUGGUUCUACCAGGGAGGUGACCUCUACAUGCUGGUUCUACCAGGGAGGUGACCUCUACAUGCUGGUUCUACCAGGGAGGUGACCUCUACAUGCUGGUUCUACCAGGGAGGUGACCUCUACAUGCUGGUUCCACCAGGAGAGUGACCUCUAUAUGCUCAUUUUAACAUUUGUAUUAUUUACUAUAGACACAAGUUUUACCAGACAGGAGGCCUACUUCGGACUAUAAACACAAGUUGUUUUUAGACAGGAGGCCUACUUCGGACUAUAAACUUAAGUUUUACUAGACAGGAGGCCGACUUCGGACUAUAAACACAAGUUGUUUUUAGACAGGAGGCCUACUUCGGACUAUAAACACAAGUUGUUUUUAGACAGGUGGCCUACUUUGGACUAUAAACUUAAGUUUUACUAGACAUGUGGCCUGCUGAUGCCACAUAUUACUAGACAGAUGGCCUACUGUAGACAGGUGUUACUAGACAGGGUUUUCUGAACAAAAUAGUACUGAAAUUAGAGGUCAGUUAAUUGACCUCUUGAGAAUCUUUAUUUUAUGGUUAUCACAAUACUGUCAAUAGAAUGAAAUGUGCUGAAGUGUCCUUACUGGUUAUACAAAGUUGCUGUAGAGAAUGAAUGUAACUCGGACCUCUCCAGGUGUCUAGGGAGUAUAAAGAUAAAAUAGGACUCAAAAAUGGUUGUACCUGUAGACAACACUUCACCUAAUGUAAAAUCUUUGUUAUGCUCAGAAACCACUGUUAUUACUGAAAGUGAAGGUGGAGGAAUUAAACAGCCUUAUUCUUGUCCAACUUCAUCAGAUCUGACUAUAGCUGAGUAUUUAUAUAUAUAUAUAUAUAUAUAUAUAUAUCAUCUGCUGAACAUUUCUCUACAAAUAUCAAUAUCGCCGUGAUAAGUGUUUUCAUAGGUGUAAUUUAUUUGGAAGUGUUUUGCAACAUUCUGAAUAAAUAGUCCUGUUUUCAUUGUUUCUUGCAGGUAUAAUAUCUUGAUUAUUUUAUAGAAUGUUAAUUGUGCCAGACAUUCAAUAGGCAUACAGAAACCCAAAGCUGAUAGAAAAAAUAAAAAAGUUUGAAACAAGCUACACUGUAGUUGUACCUGCGGUUAUAAUAUUACUAAAGACUAGCUUUUAUGUUUGACUUAUAAAUGUUUAUUGUUCUGUGUUCAUCGUUAAUUAGAUAAUGAUUUGUUAAUUAUCACUGUUACUGUAUUGACUCUAUAAUUAUAUGCAUAAUGAGAUUAUUAAAGUAUGAUAAUGAUAAGUUUGACUGCUUAAUUAUCAGAAUUUCAAGUACUGUAAUAACAAUAUUUUAGCAGCUAUUUUAUUUUACCUGGUAGCUUUUCUUUCAUGCUGAAAAUAUUGCACUAAAAAUAUUAUUGUACUAAUUGCAGUUCUGGAGUCUUUAUACACAGUAGACCUAUAAACACAUAUUAAGUAUGAUGAAGUCAAACACCUGAUAAUUGGGAAAAAAAUCCAGAACUUUGCUCCAGUGGAUAAAUUAGAAGAUCAGCAAAAGGAAAAAUUGUACUUAAUGGUGCAUCUUCAUUGUCCUUUUUAUUUUUAGAGAAUCAAGUGUAAAUAGUGUGAUGUACAGGCUACUGAGCUACUAGAUUUGUGUGAGUUUUAUCCUUGACAUAUAUGAAUUUUUACAUUACAACGAUGCAUUGUACAACAGUAAAACCUGUCAAAAGUGCCCAAAAACCUUGUCCAAUGUUCUGUCAGUGUAAGCAAGAGUUGAAAUGAAACAGGUUCAGUUUACACAGUAAAAACAGCUGGAUCGCAGUAUCUUCUUCACACUGUCUAUAGACAGAGGAUUCUGUAUAGAUGUAUAAGAAUUGCAAGCCAUUUACCUGUGCUUUUUGUUAUUGACACCUAUGUUUGAAACAGUGUUAAUUUGAUGCUUUAACAUAAUUAGUAUUUGCUACGUAUGAGAAAUAUUUUUGUUUGCAGUGUUUACUAAAUCCAAGGUAUUUUUGUGUAAUAUUAGUUGAUGUUGACUGAAGACUUUCACCACAAUAGAACAAUUCUAUUCAACAGGAAAAUAUAUAUGAUAGGGUAUUUGUGGAAAGUCAUACUUACAAGUUUUAAGAUAAAUAUAUCUGACCACCUACAUACACAGAAGGAUGAAUUGGUCCACCUACAAAGACAGAAGGUGAAAGUAACCACUUACAAACACUGUAUGGUAAAAUCGGUCAAUUACAAACACAACUGGAAACACCCACCUACAAAUAAUGAAUGGUGAAAUUGACCAUCUACAAAUACAGGAGAGUGAACUCUUUUCAAGCAGUAAGAAGAAAGGAAUUUAUUUCUUUAUUUUGAACAUAAUUUGUACAUCAAGAUUUGGUAGAGAAAUUCUCAGUGACUCUUAUGAAAUUCAGUUAUUAUUGUUAAUAGAUCUAUGAAUUUUUUAGUUUACGUGGCAUUUCUAAUACAACCAGUAUAUUCUAUCAACAGCGGUUUAUUUUUUAAUGACAGUUUACAGGCAUUAUAUAUAGGUAUUUAAAUAUCUGUCUUAUUUGUGCAGUGGUAGCCAAAUGAAGUGCUAAGGAAUUGGUGUUCAAUUGAUUAGUGUAAACUUUACUUUCAUCCUGAUUGGUUAUUGUCAUAUUCAUUUUCAUAGCUGAAAACGAGGGGAAAAAAGGCAAUUUUAUAGGAAGUAUUUAAUAUGAUAAUAUCUAUUAUAUAAAUUGAUAUAAUCAGUUUGAAUUGAAAUUGUUCAUAGUCUAAUUAGACAAACUGUUAAAUAAAGUUAUGUAGUUGAAGAUUCCAGGUGAGCCUACAGUACAAGCAACAUGGAUGGAGAGAUUUGCUUGGUCAAAGGGAGAUAAUGUUAGGAUACAGAAGAAACUUGUCAUUUAAAUAACAACUAUUCACAUUCAAGAUUGAUUGUCUGAAAUCAGUGUUUAAAAAUAAACUGACAAAUUUAAUUACUGUAAACCUAUUUAAAGAAAGACUUUUCUUGGAAUAUUUAGACUUUGUUUUAUGUUGGGGUAUCUGUAUUGCUGCCACAUUGUUGGUAUUGCCAGUGUGAUCGGUUUGUGCCUAUUUGAGUUUUUUGUAACGUUUUUUUUACUUCAUUUACUAUAUUCUUUAUUGUCUUGUAUACUAUUACACAGAUACAUGUCUCUCAAAUUGUCCAUAUUGCAUUUAGGAACAUGUAUGUAUGUAUUUUAGAUUUAUUUUAGAAACAUUCUUUCUUUAAAACAUGGAAUGGUAUAUAUGUAUGUAUACAAGUUUUAAAAUACUGUUUUUAAUAUUAUUUAAUUCUUAAUUAUCAUUGAUUUGAACACUUUUAAAUUGAUUGCUACAUGUUUGUAGUCUGAUCAGAGAGCAAGAUCUAUUAUUCAUUAUUCUAACGAAAGUGUUUUAAGAUUUUAACCAGACAGUCUUGUUUUAGCAUUGUUGAAUAGUUUUUUUAUUUUAUUUGAAAAGAUGUAAACAGGUAAAAAAAAAAAAAAAAGGUCUUACAUUUGUGUUUCUACUUUCUGACAUCAUCAAAACUGGUCACAUGAUACAAUUAUUGCGAAAUUGGAUUUUUCUACAUCAAAGUAUUACAGUUAUUAAAGUGUUUGUUUUGUUUUGGAUAAGAUGUAUCACAUUAUGUAAUACAUACACGUCCAUACUUUCUUGCUGACAAUAAAAUGAUCUGUAUAUGUA